AUGUCUCUCUGGGUCGACCGCUACCGCCCAAAGCAGCUUGACCAAUUGCUGUACCAUCAGGAUAUUAAUGCCAAUCUCAAAGCCCUUGCACAGUCGGGCGACUUUCCCCAUUUGCUCAUCUAUGGUCCCCCUGGGGCAGGGAAAAAGACCAGAAUUUAUGCCACGCUUAACGAGAUCUUUGACCGGGGGGCAGAGAGAUUGAAGAUCGACGUGAAAACUUUCACUACCCCUUCUAACAAAAAGCUCGAGUUCAAUGUAUUGUCGUCUCCUCAUCAUCUCGAAAUCACUCCCUCUGAUAUGGGCAACAAUGACCGAGUAGUGAUCCAAGAUUUACUUAAAGAAAUUGCUCAAACCGAACAAGUGGACAUGAGUCUGAAACGUCACCACCACUUCCGGAUUGUCAUCAUCAACGAGGCCGAAUCGUUGUCUCACGAUGCCCAGGCGGCAUUGAGACGAACGAUGGAAAAGUACUCGUCCCAGAUCCGGUUGGUGAUGAUUUGUACCCUGAUUUCAUCUAUCAUUAGUCCCAUUCGACUGAGAACUUUAUUAGUCCGCGUUGGUGCCCCCGAAGUACCAGAAAUCGUCAGCGUGUUGGGCCACAUCGCUGAAAAGGAAAAAGUUAAGUUUGCUGAUGACUCUCAACGUGACCAAGUACUUGCCAAAAUUGCUGUGGCCUCUCAGCGUAAUUUACGACGGGCCCUCCUCAGUUUUGAAACCCUCGCUAUGCAAAACCUGGUGUUAACGGCGCAAAUGCCGGUGGUGACGUUGGAUUGGGAGGUGAUCAUUAACAACAUUGCUCGAGAUAUCAAAAAUGAACAGUCGGUGAAGUUGCUUGCUCGCAUCCGAAGCGCAUUCUACGAGUUGUUGUCGCAUUGUAUCCCCGCUAAGGUGGUACUUAAGACAUUAGUGCAACGCUUAGUGGAGCUUUUCAUUCACAAUACGCCUUUAGUGGUGACAUUGAUGGAACACGCGGCCGUCUUUGACGAACGGAUGCUGUUGGGACAAAAGCCAAUUUUCCACCUCGAAGGGUUCGUGGCUAAGGCGAUGGUGGCGAUACAAAACAGUUAG